AUGCUCAAUAUAUUUAGUCUUAAAGCUCGUCCUGGUGAUGGACCAUCAAGUGAUGUCGGUGCAAAGAAAACAUCAGCAGCUCUUCUACGUGUUACAAAAGAUUUAAGUGAAAUCGGUACACUACCACCAACAUGUCAAGUAACAUAUCCUAAUAAAGAUGAUUUACUUCAUUUUACACUUACAAUCACACCUGAUGAUGGUUUUUAUAAAGGUGGACGUUUUGUAUUUUCAUUUACGAUUGAAUCUGAAUAUCCUCAUACACCACCUAAAGUAAAAUGUACCCAAAAAAUAUAUCAUCCAAAUAUUGAUCUUGAAGGAAAUGUUUGUUUAAAUAUUCUUCGAGAAGAUUGGAAACCUGUAUUAACAAUUUUAUCUGUUAUUCUCGGUAUGGGCUUUCUUUUUUCGGAACCAAAUCCUGAUGAUCCAUUAAAUAAAGAAGCAGCUGAAGUUUUAAAAACUAAUGUAAACACAUUUCGAUCAAAUGUCACUAAAACAAUGGCUGGUGGAACAUUAAAUGGUGUUCAAUUUGAUCGUGUGCUCGUUCGAUAA